GAUCGGGGGUCUCCUGCCAAGGAAGGAGACCCUCCGAGGUCAGCUGUCGCGCCCCUUUGAGCGAGAAACCUCCCCUUUAAGGACGCGGGCCUCCCCAAAGCACCCUCCCCCCUCCUUCGCUUUCUUCCUCCUCUUUCUCUUCUUCCCCCUUUUCUCCUUUCUUCCUCCACCUUCUUUCCUCUUACUCUCCUCCUCCACUUCUUCUUUCUUAUUUAUCUUCUCUUUUAGUUUUUCUUCCUCUUCUCCAACUUCCACUUCUCUUCCUCCUUCUCCUCUUUUCUUUUUACUUUCCUCUUCUUUACACUUUUCUCUCCUCCUCCACGUCUGUCUUCUUUAUCUCCUCUUUUAUUUUUCCUCUUCCCUUUUCCUUCUCUGUCUCCUUUUACUCUUCUUCUCUUUUCCUUCUCUGUCUCCUUUUCCUCUUCUCUUUCCCUUCUCUUCUCCAACUUCCUCCUCCUCUUCUUCUUCUCUUCUUUAUCUUUUCCCCUCCUCCUGCACUUCUAUUUUAUCUCCUCUUUUAGUUCUUCUUCCUCUCCUCCUCCCCUUUUAUUUUUCUCUUUUUUCUCCUCUUUUCCUUCUCUUCUUCAACUUCCACCUCCUCUUCGUCCAAUCCUCCUUUCUUCUUUCUCUCUGCCUCUUCUUUACCUUCUUACACUUACCAUUUUUCCUUUUAUUUAUCUUCUCUUAGUUCUCCUUUCUCUUCUCCUCCAACUUCCACCUCUUCUUCCUCCUCUUUUGUUCUUAACCUCCCCCUCUUUAUCUUUUACCUCUCCUCCUUUUCCUUUUCUCUUCUUCCUUUUUUCUCUUCUUCUCCUUCUCUUCUCCAACUUCCAGCUCCUCUUCUUCGCCUCCGCCGCCUCUUUAUCUUCUUACUUUCCUCCACUUCUUUAUCUCCUCUUUUAGUUCUUCUUUCUCUUCUCUCCUCCGCUUCUUUUCUUCUUCUUCCUCUUCCACCUUUUUCUCCUCUUUUUCUUCUUCUUCUUCUCCUCCAAGGCUCCUUGUGCACUUCCAUACAAUACAGAUGAGCAAAACCAAUGAUUCACAUGAUCUGCUUUGAACUGGAUUAUAUGAAUACACACUACUACCUAUAAUCCAGCUCAAAGUGGAUAAUCUGGAUUUUCUAUGGCAGUGUAGAAGGGACCCAAUUCUUCCUCUUCUCCUUCCCCACAUUUUCUUCCUCUUCUUUUUCACCUUUCCCUUCUUUAGGUGGGACAUGGGAAGGAAUGCAGCGUGAUGCUACUUGAACUGCCUUGGCUGUCAAUCUCAUGGAGUCAAGGGAAUUUGACAAGGUCUUUGGCCUUCUCUGGGAAAGAGUGUUGGUGCCUCACCAAACUACAAAUCCCAGGAUUUUUUAAAAUCAUGUCAGAAGCGACUUGAGAACUUACUGCAAGUAGCUUCUGGUGUGAAAGAAUUGGCAGUCUACAGAGAUAUUGCCCAGGGGAUGCCCGGAUAUGUUGCCAUCCUCCUGGGAGGCUUGUCUCAUGUCCCUGAAAGCUAGGGUUGACAGACGGGAGCUCACCCUGUCUCACAGAUUCGAACUGGCAACCUGUAGGUCAGCAACCCAGCCUUCAGGCUUCGGAGUUGCCGCCCACUCUUGCUUGCUUGCCUGCCGGCCGCCUUGCCUCACAUCCCAUGGAGCUGGAGGGGCAGUGGUGGAAAGGACAGCUGGCCGCCGACAUCCACCAAGCGCUCCGCUACAAGGAGCUGAAGCUACCCUCAUAUAAAGGCCAGUCUCCGCAAUUAAAUCUCAGAAGAUAUUUUGCAGACUUGAUUGCCAUUGUGAGCAAUCGCUUCCGACUCUGUCCAGCUGCUCGACAUCUUGCUGUUUAUCUACUGGACCUCUUUAUGGACCGUUAUGACAUCUCCAUUCAACAGCUACAUGUGGUUGCUCUUUCCUGCUUGCUUUUAGCGAGUAAAUUUGAAGAAAAGGAAGACAGUGUGCCUAAACUUGAACAGUUAAACAACCUGGGCUGUAUGACUAACAUGAACCUGGUCCUAACUAAACAGAACUUGCUGCACAUGGAGCUGCUGUUAUUGGAAACCUUUCAGUGGAACCUCUGCCUCCCAACAGCAGCUCACUUCAUUGACUAUUAUCUCUCUAUUGCUGUUCAUGAAUCGGAUCUCCAUGAUGGAUGGCCAAUGGUUUGCUUGGAAAAGACAAAGUUGUAUAUGGCAAAAUAUGCUGACUACUUUUUGGAAGUAUCCCUACAAGAUCAUGCAUUUUUAAAUUAUGCCCCUUCGCUAGUGGCUGCUGCAUGUGUGGCUUCGUCAAGGAUUAUCUUGCGACUUUCACCAACAUGGCCGGCACGACUCCAUCGCCUCACUGCAUACUCCUGGGACUUCUUGGUGCCAUGCAUUGAACGGCUGUUGGUUGCCCAUGAUAAUGAUGUGAAAGAAGCCAACAAGCAAAAAGGACAUACUUCUCAAGCUGCCCAGCCCAGUUUAUUUCAAACGGCGGCUCAACCUCCUCAGCAGCAUAUACACCACUAUAUUCAAGCACAUCAGACCCCUCUACAGUAUUCUCAAACAGCAACGCAACAGAACUGUCAGCAAAUUGUGUCAUCUGGUCCCACGUCAUCUUACCCACUGCAUGCUUGUCCAGCUGGUUUACAAGGUGGUAUUCAAGCUCGAGGCCAUGUGCAGACUGCUACUGGGAUGUCCCUAGCUGUACCAUUAGAAGUGAAGCCAUGUUUAACUGUUUCAUACAACCGAAGCUACCAGAUUGCAGGACGUUAUCCUUGUAUUACUCCAUGCUUUGAGAGGUGAUAAUGACACUGGGACCCUAUCUGCUAUCAGUAUCAACUAACAUGGAGGGUGAUACUAGUUGCUCCUCUUAAUAGAAACGGAAAUAGCUCAGGUGCAGAAUUUACAGAUAUGAGAACAUAUCUUCUGAAGAGUGUUAAAAAUCUCAGAAUAUUGGGGAAAAUAUUUCAGACUCGCAGAAGCUGGGUAUAUUCAACUACAAACUUUUGUUCUGGCUGCACUGAAUUCGCAUUUGUCUUCCCAUAAAGAGCGACCACUAUUGCACACCUCCGCACAGUAUUGACUGACAUUAAAAUCCAUGAAGUGCCGUCAUUUUUCAGAAGAUGGGGAGCCAAGUGGGAGACAAGUGAGAAUCUCUUCACUUAAUCAAUGGCUGUUUCCUAUCCAUACCUGUGGAUGAGGUUUUACAUUAUAAUGGAUUGACAUUUAUAUAUGUCUUCUAUUUCAGUAACAGCUUGUGUCUUCAUUAAGAUCAUUUAGAGGUAAAUUGUCAUACUAACUCAGGGAAUAAUCAAACUACUGUAAUAUUGGUCUGUAUUGUGGAAGUAGUGAUCUGGAGUUCUCUUGCUUAGGUUAAUUGCUGUUCUAAAUGCCAAAGGGAAUUCAGAUACUCAUGCAGGCUAUUCCCUUCACCCAGAAGUGUGCUUUCUAAUGAAACUUGCAGGAGUAGGGGAAUAGGGUGCUAUCUUUAAACAAAGCCAAUGCUGUACCAUAACAGAUGGGGAAUAUCUUUUGUGAUUUCCUAGAAUUUAUGCAACCAACUACUUAUAUCCAAAAAGUUCUGUGUUGUUUUUUUAUUGCAUUAAUUCCCAGUGUUUGCACUGGGGAAGCACAACUCAAGUGCUUACAAGAUAUGCACGUCUUGUACUCAAUGGCUAUAGAAGGAACAAGAAGCGGAAAUUUAUACCUCUCUCAAAGAGCUAUGUUUUCUGUCUUUACUAUGACAUUAAUAGUGAUUCUGAUAUUUUUAUGACGUGAAUUGGGCAAGUCACACUAAGUGUCAGAAGUGAGAGAGCUUAAUCAGAGGAAUUAUUUUAAGUGGGGAGAGGAUGUCAAUGAUAGAGAAUGCUUGCUAUGGAAGGUCCUCUAGAUCACAAAUUAAGAAUUAGUUGCCUACCCAAGAUAGAUAUAAAAAGAAAUCUGUGGCAAUUGAAUUAUAGGGUAGCAUUUGCAAUCUUUGGUCAGGGAAUAUCUUGAUGUCUUGCCCUCAAAAAUAUUGGGCAUGGGUGCAGAAUAUUGGGGUUGGAAAACGUGAAUAUGAAAAUUAAUGCAACAUACUUUUCAGAGGGAAGAAGGGACUGUCCUAAAACACUUGACAUUUUGAGAAAUGUGACAUUGCUAAAUGCCAUUUUUUUACAACGCUGAACAGGUUGCAAGAAAAUAUUCUUUAAUUUAGAGGAGAAGCAAUCCUCUUUCAUGGUAAUUAUUUUGUACCAUAAUAUAUUUUUCAAGGCUUCUCUAACAAAAAAAGUGAAUUUCUGAAAGAGGGAUGGAAGGUAUUCAUACAGCAACUUUUAUAUGCUAGGGAAUUCCUUGCUACUUCUUUCCUAUCCUCAUUUUAGUGUUAGCUUUGUUCUCUUUGUCUUUCUUCCUCCAGAGGGGAAAAAUAGUUAAGAGUGGGAAGGUCUUGUUCUAUGGUGUACAUUUCCAAUGGCUUCAUUUUUAAAUGAUGAAGGAUACAGAAUGCAUCUAGAAGAGAAAGAUACACACCUCAGUUUUGCAAUUCUAUUUGAAAAACUCCAUUGUUUGACUACCUCAAUAAUACUUUGAAUGUACAGUCUUGUGAUGAUCCAUGACUUGAAAUACCAGCAAGGUGCAUUGGUUUCAUUUUCAUCCUCCAUGUGCAAGACAGCAGAGUAGAGUUACUAAUAAAUCAAAGAAAACUAUCUUGUAGGACUUUACGUUCAAAACCAUUAGCUAAUUAACACUGGAAUUAUGGGGAGGGAGGGGUAAUUUUUCUAGUUAACACCGUAAAGCCUACAUAGGGUAUCUUGUUUGUAUUUAAGUCAUUAGACUUGCUUUGUUUUUUUAAAGGAUCCACUACAUGCUAUUGGGUUUGUGGCUUUCUUCAAUUUUUUAAAUUUAUUUAUUAUUUAGCCUUUUGAGUUUGAUAUUCUAGCAUUAUAUUGACAAUAGAAUAUGCACUGUGAACCAUUUCCAGUUGUUUUCGUUUCAAUGGUUUUGGUCAUUCUCCACUGAAUCAACACACUACAUAACAUUCCUGCUGCAGGGAUUAAAAUGCAUGUGUCGUGGUCAUGAGAGAAAUAUCCACAACAAAGAUAUCUGCACGAGUGCUAUGCACUCUUUUUUAAAAUAAAACUAGUUUUGAGUAA